AUGUCGUUUCCCGAGACGACGCCGGUUCGCGCCGUCCCUGGCGCGUUCCUCAACACCCCGGCCGUGGCUUCGCGAUACCGCAACGAGCAGGACUCUGUCAGCAGAAAUCUCUUUCAACGUUCCGAGUCUGCCCAGAGAAGCGGCUCCGGCUCCCUGCGCAGAAACUCCUCCUCGUCCACUUCGCGGCCACGCGCCUUGGUCCGCUCCGGCUUGGCAUCUAGCAAGACGACAGGCUCUCUAUUGGACAUGACUACGCGUGCGGACGAUGCAUCGGCGGUUGUAUCCUCGAAUCUCGUCCCAGUACGGCGCGUGGAAAACAUCCCGCCCGUCGUGCGUGCUGCCAGAGCCAUCAACAGCUGCCUAUCCAACGAUGAAAACUUUCCCGACAUUGACUCCUACUGCAGACAGGGUGCAUCAUCCGAUUAUGAGAUACCCCCCACCGAUACCGCCUGGUCGCCCUUUCACAAGACUCAAAUGUAUCCCAUUCCGAACCAAGUCUUCGAUCAUUACAACACUGGCGAGCUGCAGACGCUGAUGGGCUUAUUUGCUGAAGUCAACCAUGCCUGGGUUGUUAUUGACAACUCGCUCUUCCUCUGGGACUAUACCAACCCCGAUGCCGAGCUUAUUGGCUUUGAGGACCAGCCACACACCAUCCAAGCUGUCGCGCUCGUGCCGCCCAAGCAGGGCAUCUUCGUCAAUACCAUUACGCACAUCCUUGUUGUCGCCACUACAUCCGAAAUGAUCCUCCUCGGCGUAUCAGUUGCUCCCACCUCAGCCGGCACCAAGUCUGUUUCGCUUUACCAGACCAAGAUGUCACUCCCUUUGCGAGGCAGUGAUGUCCGCGUCAUCACAGGGUCGGCCGAUGGUCGCAUCUUCUUUGGAGGUAGCACCGAUAUCGACAUUAGCGAAUUGUAUUACCAGUCUGAAGAGAAGUGGUUUUCCAAUCGAUGCGGCAAGAUCAACCAUACGAACCCUGGCUGGUCCGCAGUUGUUACUCUGCAGUCGGGCUUUUGGGGCACCAAGGACCCCGAACAUGUGGUCGAUAUUGCCAUUGACGAUUCACGAAGUCUACUCUAUACACUGUCAAGUAAAUCGACGAUUCGUACAUACCAUAUGGAGGCACCUGAUCGACUCCACAAGGUGAUUGAAAAGGAAAAGGUUCACUGUCUUCGUGAUAUUGCCCACAUGAUUACACAGUCCAAGCUUCUCACGGAUCGGAUGAAGAUUGUCUCCAUAAGCCCAAUCUCAAAGCAAGAAGCCUCAAAAAUACACCUCAUGGCAAUGACUGACACGGGCUGCCGAAUCUUUUUCAGUGCUACCAGCGCUUCGUCUUAUAUUUAUGGCUCCCAAAACAACAUGGUUCCUCAGAGCAUGCAGGUUCAAUUCAUCAAAUUUCCGCCAAGUCCCUUUUCCCGCCGGUCUGCGCAACUCGCUCAGCCUGCUGCAGCCGGUGCGGAGAACACAAUUGAGCUGGGCUCGACAAUGCUUGUUCCUAGCAGACAUGGUGCGCGAUUUGCGCCCGGUGUGUUUAUUGACUUUGUCGGCAAAGAAGACAACGCCAACGUCGACACCAUCUUCAUUUCCGCCCCUGAAUCUGCCCGAAUCAAAAACACUAACAGUGCUACGCCGCUGCGAUACUACGAGCAAGCUUCUUGGAUCGAAAUUGGAAGCCGAGCCGAAGAUGUUGGGCUCAUCACCAAACCUUUCGGCGCCACCAGCUCGCCGUGGGGCUUUGGAAACGAACUUGCCGUGCAGUUUGAUGAAUCACCUCCCGAAGUUGCCAUCCUGACCAACACUGGUAUUCACGUCAUUCGUCGCAGGCGCCUUGUGGACAACUUUUCCUCUGCCAUCCGUGACGCCCCUGGUGAAGAGGCAUUGGACAUGGUAUGCCGGCGGUUGAUUCAGCUCUACGGUCGAGUGGAGACUGUUUCUACCGCCUUGGCUGUUGCCUGUGGACAAGGAGGCGACGUGAGAUUUGGGUCGACCAGGGCCAUCGACCAGACCACCCAAGAUCGUGCCCGUGGCAUCUUUGUCGAGAUGGGCGGGCAGCCUACACUUGCCGAGACGGAUGGUGCUAGCUUAACGACCGACUCUGUGCGACUGUCUUCAAGGCAUGAUGCUCUCUCCCUUUACCUCGCUCGUCUUGUCAGGAAGCUUUGGAAAUCAAAGGUCAUUAUUCAAGGCGUCUCCCCCACCGGUGCUAUUGCUGUCGUCCCCGCUGUUCCUAUCGGCACGCUCGCUGUCACUCAAGAGAAUUUGGAGCGCCUUCGCAAGUUUAUCGAGGCGAAUCGUGGCCUGAUUCAGGGCAUGUCUGGCCCGUCUGAUCUCCAGCGUACAGGAACACGCCAGGAGGAGAUUGCUUUGCAGGCCGAGCACCAGGCCCUACACGCGCUUCAGAAACUCAUGGAAAGCAUCUCGGAAGGCAUCUCCUUUGUUCUUAUGCUGUUCGACGAGCGUGCUGGGGAUGUUUUCAUGCGGCUCGAAGAGCCAUCCCGACAGGCGCUUCGUGAUCUCACCUACGAGACGCUCUUCUCUCAACCUCACGGCAAGGACUUGGCCAAGGUCUUGGUCAAGGCUAUUGUCAACCGCAACAUUGAAAGUGGCUCCAACGUUGAGACUGUGGCUGAUGCUCUUCGCAGACGCUGUGGCAGUUUCUGUAGCCCUGACGAUGUCGUCAUCUUCAAGGCUCAGGAGCAGCUGAAGCGUGCCUCUGAGCAACCUCCGGAUACUACACAAUCACGAAAUAUCCUUCUUGAGAGUCUAACUCUGUUCGAAAAGGUUGCUGGCAGUUUGACGUAUGGAAAUCUUCAGUCCGCCGUAAGCCAGUAUGUGGACCUCAAGUAUUACGCUGGUGCUGUCCAGCUAUGCCUUGUUGUGGCUCGAGAAAAGGACCGCGGCAAUUCUGCUCUCUCGUGGAUUCAAGACGGCAAGCCCUCGAGCGAUCCGCGCGCCGAAAUUUUCGAGGAGCGCAAAAAGUGUUACGACAUGAUCCAUCACGUUCUGAGCCAUCUCGACCAGGUCUCAAGCAAGGAGCCCCAGUUGAUAGAUGGCAAACCGACAGUCAUCGCGAUGAAGAGAAUGGAAACGUAUGACGUUGUGAAUGGCUCUGAUGAUGAGGUAUUCCACUUUGAUCUCUACGAAUGGUACAUUGAGCAAGGUUGGACGGACCGCAUCCUGGGGAUAGAUUCGCCUCAUGUCGUCACGUUCCUCGAGCGCUUAGCCGAAACCAACGUCGAGCACGCUGAUCUAUUGUGCCGUUUCUACACUAACCGCAACCGCUUCUUUGCGGCUGCCGAGGUGCAGGCUGGUUUGGCACAAUCGGAGUUUGCCAUUGGUAUCAAGGAGCGCAUCAAGUUACUCAGCUUGGCCAAGGCCAAUGCCAGCGUGACUACUGUCGGUGUGAGCAGGCAGCAGCAGCAACUGCUCAAUCAUGAAGUCAGCGAUCUGCUGGACAUUGCCAAUAUUCAAGACGACCUGCUUGGACGCCUGCGUGCCGACGAGCGCAUCGAACCGGAGAAAAAGGAAGAGAUUACAAAGGCUCUUGAUGGAAGUAUUCUUGACCUAUCGGCACUUUUUAAUGACUACGCAGACCAGGCAGGAUACUAUGACCUGUGCCUUGUCAUCUACCACAGCGCCAAUUACCGCAACCCGACUACCAUUUCUUCCACUUGGAGCAACCUCAUUCAACAAGCACACGAUGAAGUCGUCUCGCGCUUGGAAGACCUUACCCCUGGCCAGGCUGAGCCGCCACUGCCUUACGAAGCGGUCAGCAGCAAGAUUCAAAACAUUGCGCACUACACAUCGCUAGACAGCUUUGUCUUUCCCAUUUCGACGCUGCUACCGGAGCUGUGUCGCUAUGCCGUUGCCUACCAGCAAGACGCGACCAUUGGCGCGGACCCGAUGUGGCCUGCGCAGCUCUUCCUGACGUUGGGUGUCUCGCACAGCAUGAUUGUGCAGACGCUGGAAAACGUUUUUGAUACGCAAGACUAUGGGUUCUCUGGCAACGUGCGCAACCGCAUUAUUGAGACUAUUGUCUUUGUCGUGAGCGCGUGGGCGGCCGAGGUCCGACGCCGCGGCGGCCAGGCCAGCGGCGGGGCGAUUGGGCCGUCGGUCGGCGACUUGCUCGCGCGCUGCGAGGCGGCGCUGCCGCCGCCUGGUCAAGGAAAUAACAAUGGCGGGACGGAUCUGCCCACGAUACGACGCGUGCUCAAGUCGCUGCGACGCGAAGUCGCGGACCUCGUGGAGCGGUUGCCGACUGGUGGCAGCUUGCGCUGGUAA